AUGCCGGGCUCGGACAAGCCGCGUUAUGGGCGCAGCCCCCUGUCCCUGCACCUCCCCGACCGCGACGCGCGCGAGUGGCUCAAGAGCGAGCGCAGGGCCGACGACGUGGCCCGCAACGUGAAGAAGUACCCGCGCGCGUACAAGGGCAAGCGCUGGUACGAGCUCACCCUCGAGGACCUCACCGCGGCCCCGCGCCCCUGGCCGGAGGUCGUCGGCUGGGAGGGCGGCGCCGACGCCAUAGCUGCGCGUUACUCCGUGCCGCUCAACCUGCCGGUGCUCGUGGACCGCGUCGAGGAGAACCUCGUGCGCUGGGCGCCGAACUACGUCCGCGCGGCGGGCCUCGCGGGGAUCUCGGUGCUGGCGGGGCACCCAAAGGCGGCGCUCGGGCUGCUGAUGCUGGUGGUGCUCUGGCGGCUCAUGGCGCGGCUGUCCGCGGCGAGCGAACGGGCCGCGAGCUCCGGGGCGAUCUCGCCGCUCCAGGCAAUGUGGCACACGCUCCUGUACGUGGCGUGCGGGCUCUCCAUGUGGCUCGUCGCGCUGCACUCCCGCGGCCCCGCGACGCUGGCGAUGCUCGCGUCGUCCUGCGCGCUCCUGGUCUUCUCGCACGCCGGCCUGCGCCGCUGCAGGUGCGAGGAGCAGCACGCCAGCCGCGUGCGCAGCGGCCUGGGCGUGGGCAUCGUGUGGAGCUGGAUCGUGGGCAGCGUGCCGUCGGGCGCCGUGGCGGCGGCGGCUGCGGCGGCGGCGUCGGGCUCGCAACCAGGUGCCGGGAGGAAGGCCAACUAG